UAUGAUUUUGCAGAAUCCACAGAUGAAGAAGACAAGACAGGUGUCAACGGUACAAUGAGAUAUCUCCAAGACUUGGGCCUGAAUCUUGAAAGUGCCGAGAUCUUGGUGCCUCUUGAGAUUGUGCAAGCACCAGCUUUGGCAGAGAUGUCAAAAGAGGCAUUCAUCGAUGGAUGGAAGACUGUUGGCGCCGAUACGAUCCCAAAGCAAAAGGCAUACGUUGCUGGCCAGCUUAAGCAAUUGUCCACUGACAUGGCGCUGUUCAAGAAAGUAUACCGACACACAUUUGUCUGUUCCAGAGAACAAGGCCAGAAAGCCCUUCCCCUGGAAAAUGCUCUCGUGUAUUGGGAGAUGGUUUUCAAUUCACCUGGACAGCCGUGGAUUACCGGCACUCCCCCCACAACAACCAACUGGACCAACUUGUGGAUCGAAUUUCUGAGGGCAAACUGGACAAAGACAGUCAACAAGGAUAUGUGGAACCAGACCUUUGAGUUCUUUCAGAAGACAAUGCGGGAUGAGACCUUGAGUUUCUGGAGCGAGGAUGGUGCCUGGCCCGGGGUUAUUGACGAGUUUGUUGCGUUCGUCAAGGAAAAGAGGGGUGAUCUUCCAGACACCAUGGAGACGGAUUAGAGAGUUUAAUAGGGUUUCUUCUUUGGAGUUUGACUUGACUCUUCUUUGCUUGUUAAGCGGGCAUUGCACAGCGGCGUUCAUCGUUUGCUUUUCUAGAUUCCGAAUGGACUCAGCACGAAUUAUGGCAAAA